GGUUGUUUUUCCAAAAAAUUAAUGCAAAGAACUAUUGAUUAUAAAUGAAGUAUUUCGAAAAAUUAUCUCCGCUUUCGAUCGUCUUGUCCCAAUAAUGAACGAAUAUCGCGAAAUGCAUCAUUAUCAGUGGAGAGCAAUAAUCUAGAAUCAUCAUUUUCAUAAGAGCCGCGUCACAGAAUGGGUGAUUUGUCCACGAAGGUGGCCCUGACGGUAAAACGUUACGGCAUAAAAGUUAGGCCAAAUGCUUCUACAGGUCUGUGGGUAUUUCCACUUGUACCUUUGGCAGUCAUCGUCUCAGCCCUGAGACAUCCAAAUGAGGUAUCUGUGAUCUACCAGUAUGCAGCUCUAUUAUGCAUUGGCUUGCUGCAGACGUCCUUGUUGUUCGUGCUGCAUUGCUCUCGUAAGGGACAACCUGACGGCAGCCACCUUAUGUUACCCACUGCCAUUACAACAGUAGCUUUCUACUCGUAUUUCAAAACAGGAUUCGUGUUUAGCAUCUGCAGUGGACUGUUCUCCAGUUUCGGCUACUACAAAUUACUGCUGUUCACACUGAAGGUGUUACCAUGCAGUUUCACAAUUGGCGAAGCUUCUAUAGUUGUGCAGGCAGCAAUUCUAUUCUUCUACACGACAGUUCUGAAUGUCAUUAACAGUAUUGCUCAGGUCACUUUCACCAAAAUGCAAACAUCGACUUUGAUCAUUCAGCUCGGCGUUUUAACGGUGGCUCUUAUAUGUUGGCUCUGCUACAGAUUCAAAUCUCUGCGAAAGCCAAUACCUUUCUACAUGAUGGCCGUGUUCUCUUGCGUUUUCUUCCUGUUCGUUCCGUUGCAUUUAAUAUUAAACUUCAGUCCGAUCCUGUGGAUUCUUCAGCUGAUGAUCAACGAUGCGCGAGCUAUGAGAGUCGUCUCGAUCUGGAUCUUCGGUUCGCUGCUCGCGUUCCUUGUCGCUCGAAGCCAGAUGCGCGGUGCGAAGAAAGCCACGACCAUCCAGAGGAAAGCCUUCCACAUACUGGCCGUGCUCAUGUUCACGCCGGGUCUGGUGAUGGAGUGCUCGCUCACGUUCAUCGCGAGCGCCGUCAUACUGAGCAUCUUCAUCGUCUUCGACGUGAUGCGAGUUUUGUGUUUGCCACCGUUCGGACAAGCGUUUCAGGACACCUUCGUGGUGUACGGUGAUGAUAAAGAUGUGGGAAUCACCGCGCUGACGGCCCUCUACUUGCCGGUGGCUUGCGGUAUUCCCAUGUUCGUACAUCCAUCUCCGUGCGAUAUUACCGAUUCCGCUGGAUUCUAUUUGCUGCCUGUGAUGAGCGGUCUUCUGUCCAUCGGUAUCGGAGAUUCCGCUGCGAGCGCUGUCGGGAGCAAGUGCGGAAGAUUCCAUUGGAAACAUUCCAAAAAGACCGUCGAGGGAACUUUGGCUUCCAUUAUCAGUCAGGCGUUGAUAGUCUACUGUCUCUUCUAUUAUGGUUUCGUCAGUGGAGAGGAGACUUUGAUCAGGAGCGGAAUUGCCAUCGUUGUUACGUCUUUGAUGGAAGCCAAAACGACUCAAAUUGAUAAUUUGGUUUUGCCAUUACUCAUGUACAUUCUGCUUGUUUAAGCCUUUUUUUUCUUAUUUAUACUGCAUCCUUACACAAGAUUUCUUAUUAAAAACAAGAACAAAACAUUCAAUUCGUCUCGAAAUUUAUCGUUCGCUUUCGAUAUGAACUUCUGUAUCCUGUUCCACGUAAUAAUUAUCUGAUAUUUUUUUUUGAUGAAAACUAAAGUAAAUAGAUACGAUUAGUAAUAUCAAGUGGAUAUGGAAUC